AUGUCGCCGAGCUCAAGCUCCAGUCCUUCUACCGAGCCCUCAUCGCCGAGUUCAUCGCCCCCCUCGUCUACUGAACUGUGGGAUUUCAGAUAUGGGGUUUUUUACUGUCGUGACGAUGGAGACGACGCUGCAUCGCCGGCCACGACUGUCCGUGAUGCUCACCUCCAUCUCCACCGCAUGGCCUUCGCAAAGCUGCUGGAGCUCCCCUUCCGUUGUGAUGCAGACGUCUCGAUCGAGGAGACCCUCGGCUCCCUCAGGUUCAUUAUUGCCGCCGAUGACCUCGGCAACGUGGUCUGCGCCUUCCGUGAUGAAGGCUCUGUCGCCGUACAGAUCAAGGGAGACCUCCUGUGA